CUCACGGCCCGCCGCUGCAGAGUGGGAUCGCCGACUCAAUAAUUAUCGUUAGAAGUUUAUGUGGUACGUCCAUGUAAUAAAAAUGAAUAUAACCGGAUUUACUUAACUAUUCAGAUCUUCGUCCAUCAUGGCUCAGAAGAAUCAAAUGGCAGAGAUAAGAUGCAUGGAGCCAGAAAAUUAUCGGAAAUACUUUCGAUCCCUUUGUUGGAGUGGAAAUAGAAAAUUGGACAGAAGAAUUGGUAGGAGGGGUAUAAGAAAAGAAAGGUCAAGAAGAUCAAAAGGGCCAAAUGCAUUUGCCAUAUGUUUUGCUCCAGCUUUACUUGGCAAUCCAUCGCAGUUUGCUGUUUAUGCUACUGUCCGAAAAUCUAUUCUGUCCCGAUGGAGACAUCUACAAGGAUCAGUCGCUGAUUUGUCUGAUGAAAGUGAUAAUGACGAUCAAAAUCAACUUGCAAAUGUAAAAUUACCAAAAAUUACAGGAAUUGGUCUUCGUACUGUGUUUAGUCUAAUUGAUCAAGCAAGAUUUAAAGAUGCCAGUUUGUGUGAAUCUGCACUUCGAGCUUUGCUUGACGUACUGCAAGCACAUGCCCCUGAAGAUUUGUCCCAUGAAAAUUCUGAGAUAAUAUCAAACCUUCAUGAUAUACUGGUUGAAAUAACCAGUGGUAUUGGAGCCUCUGGAAGACCAGAAAUUCCAACUGCACUUACAUCUAUUAGCAGUUCCUGUCUCAUUGCCCUUUCAGUAGCUAAGGGUGAAGCAGAACUCAUUCUCAACACUGUGAAAUGUCUCAUCAUGGUUUCUCCAAGUUUAUCUGAUCAAUAUAUUCAGGUACCAAUUAAUCUGACAAUGUUACAACGAAGUGUGCAGUCUAUCAUACUAGGAUCACCAUCAAGAAACCUUUGGUUGGACUAUGGAGUGCCCCAUCAAUGUCUAGUGAACAGCUUCCCAGUAGAUUUACCAGCACAGUUGAUUACUGGGUCCCAGGAACUUGUAAUACGUUCCCUUGUAUCUGACGGUUGCUUCUUGUACGUAUUUACGUCCAGGGGUCUUUUGAAAAUCGGAUCUGGGUAUGGCAAUUCUAUACGGCAGCAUGUGUAUUUAUAUAAGCCAGAUUUCUUCGCUUCUGACCGACAUGGCUGGCUUGGACUUUGUAAGGAUAAGUUAUACGUGAGAAUUGGACGUAAGAAAACUGAUAUUUAUGAGAUAGACAAAGAUACUUUUGAGGUUAAAGGUGUGCUACAUCUAGAACCUGGGACACCAGUUGCGAUUGAACCAAAAUCCGCAGUAUUUUCUGACGCUAAUCAAUUGGGAUUAGUAUUACUCACAAAUUUUGACAAUCUAACCAUCAAAUUCUAUGACUUGGAUUCGACUUGCAACAGCCGUAUAGAGGGUAAUUCGAGAAUAGUGGAAUCUGUCAGGGAGCUUAACGUUCAUCUCCUUAGGCGAACUUCUUUGAUUCUUGGGCGAGCUCCAUAUGAAGACGGCAUUUCUAGAAGAAUUACCGAUCUGGACGCACCAGUUGCCAUUCAGCUUGAUGAUAACGAAGAUGAUCCACUGAUGGCAAUAAGUGCUGGACAAGAUUUUGGAUUACUCACUACAGCUUCUGGAAAAGUUUAUUAUACUGGAAAAGCAACAAGCCUGGGUUAUAAAGUGUCAUCAUCUUAUAUAGGACGCUGGACGCUUAUGAAAGAAACGGUAUUUGUCAGGAAUGAUCACCCAAAAGUUAGAAAGACCAGAGUGAUACAGGUCGCAGUUGGUCAUGAAGGCGUCCACGCCAUACUUGUUCUUGACAAUGGUACUGCUCUAUUUACCGGCAUAGCACGACGUGGCGAAGACGGUGAUGGAAACAAGAGACGAUCACCUAAACCUAGCCGUCCUAAGAAAAUUGCUAAGGCAGAGAAUUUCUACAUAGUGUACGCCGCUUGCAACUAUGGUUCUACUGCCCUGGUUACUCGACAAGGAGUUGUCCUUAUGUUUGGAAAAGACACACAGCAUUGUGAUUCUGCUGGAAUAGUGACCGGUUUGAGGCACGAAAGGAUCGUACAGGUUGCCUUAGGAAAGGCUCAUGCAGUGGCAUUAACAAACUUGGGCCAGGUUUAUAGUUUUGGUAUCAACAAUAAAGGACAAUGCGGCCGAGAAUUCGGUUACACAAAAGAAAAACCAUAUCCACAACGAAAAUCAUCGUCAAGAGAGGAGCCAAAUAUUUGUAGCGAACAACAUACUUGGUUGACUGAUUAUUGUCGCAUUUGCGUUAAUUGUCGGGAAUGCACGGGAUUCGCUGGGAACUGUAGUUGUGCAGCCUUGCCAAACCGAAUACCUGGAGAAAAAUGCGGAUGUGGUGAAGGUGAGAGCGGUUGUAGCACGUGCGGCAUUUGCCGACGUUGUGCGGACGUUGCUGACAUGACUCGUGAACGCGUACCCGAUAGUGAGGACGAUAUAUCAGUAUAUGAUAUCCCUAGUACAUCCGAACAAGUUGUAGAAGAAGAAAUUAAAUACAUUCAAUAUGAAGCUCAUUGUUCCAAAGAUGAGGGUGAGAAAGAUGCUGGGUUCAAAGGGAGUAGUUUGACACCAGCGCGUAUACCCUUACCCGGAGGGCAUAAGAUUGAAGCGAUAGCUUGCGGCCUACAUCAUACAGUUUUGUUGACUCAUAUGGGUGACGUUCUAACCUUUGGUUCAAACCAGUAUGGUGCUUUGGGUGCAGGGGACAUUUCAGCCCAUCACAGAAUCAUACGCGUCAGGGUUCCUAGGGCUUCUGCUAUCGCGGCUGGCAGUAAUCAUACCGCCGUUUUGACCAGGGACGGAGAGUUAUAUACGUUUGGAAAUUACCAGAAAGGUGCGUUAGGCCGGCCACGUAUUGACGAACCAAGAACUGAUAGAUGCCCGAUUUGGUACGCAACGCCUGGAAAAGUACCACGAUUAGGGCCCAAGUAUAAUUGCAAAGCAGUUUCGGUCUCCGCCUCUGGAGAUCAAACUUUUGUACAGGUUUCGCAAGCUGUGUUAAAAACAGAUACAGUAUUCAGCGCAACUAUAACGGCAAAUAAAAACACCAUAAUUAUACUACCCAAUAGACCGGAACAUACAUUCAAGUGCGUAACAAUCUGUAAAAGCGAUGGCUCCUGUUACCCAUGGUCUGGUCCAGAACAAGUUGACUUUGUCAACACUUUAGCCUGUCUCGAUCCCUUGUAUGACGUAUUAUGGUGUUACCAGCCCCAAAUGAGAGUGAUGAAGUCAUACAACAUAAAGGCCUUUGACGCGCACAAACUGCAAAGAUGCUGCAAAAAUGAUCCUGAAGGCUUCAUAAAUGACAUGGACUUUGAAUAUCCCCAUUAUGGUAUAAUGCGGAGGCUAGAAGAAUUUAAAAACCUUGAUAAUUUUGAAUGGAUCAGUAACAGUGAUGAUCGGCCAGCAGAUGGUGUUGCCAUCGCUAAUAUAUCAAUUCUAAACCAAGACCUUGCUUUGCCUUGUGUCAAAAAUUGCUCUGUUACAAGAAUACAUGCAGCGUUACAUUUACUUGGAUGUUUAGAUUCCCUGUUAUAUGCACAUGACAACAGGCUGUCGCAAGUGGAGUGUAAGAGAGACAGCUUAUCGAUACCCAUUUCGCCGCUAAGAGAGGAUUACUUAACGGUCAAUCGCUUCGAAAGUCACGGCGGUGGUUGGGGUUACUCAGGACAUUCUAUUGAAGCAAUCCGUUUUAUGAGCGACACUGAUAUCUUACUCGGUGGUUACGGCCUCUUUGGUGGGCGUGGAGAGUAUACAGCCAAAAUAAAACUAAUUGAUAUCGGUACGGAAGGAGGAGAUCAGGAAGGUGAUGGAGAUGUUCUCGCAGAGACUGGAGAAAUUCCAUACGAAUGUGCACCAAGAGACAAAUAUCCUAUACUAUUUGAAUCGCCCAUUGUACUUGCGGCACAACGGUGGUACGUAGCUUGGACGUGCAUUAACGGACCGUCAUCUGAUUGCGGUUCAACGGGCCAAGCGAUUGUUAUCAAUGAUGAUGUUGGAUUUCAUUUCAAAACGUCAAAGAAGUCGAAUAAUGGAACUGAUGUUAAUGCAGGUCAAAUACCCUGCCUUCUUUACAACGUAAUUAACCAUGAACAUGUGCCGAAACGACGCAAAGAUCCCGGCGAACCCGUUAUUAUUCUUUCAAGGAACAUCUCCAGAAAAGUAACAGUUGCCUGCUUCAAAUCCCUGAUAACACUACUUCAGUGGAGCUGGAGCACAUUCAAGGAGCUACUCCUAGAUACAAACGGACAAAUACCGAUAAAUUACCAGAAACUAACAAUUAUGAAACACCAGAAACGCUUGGUGUACGUGAUUCGAGCGUGCUUGAGGCUCGUUAAGACGUAUAUCAAUGAGAUAUAUCCACAAAAUAACAGGAAACGCAAUUCUCAAGAGUACAUGGCGUAUGUUGAAACAAUAGCGGAUAUUCGGAAUCUGAUCCAAGCGAUGAUGGCUGAUCAAACGCCCACAUGUGCUAUGUUGCCUCGCAAGCCGGGUCGGAAUAAGUCCCAACGAGUAUGUUACGUACAAUUCGCUUUAGAGAUGACAAAUGCGAUAUUGAAGGAAGCCCAUGACACAGUUACCGUAUGCUUUCAUGCGUUUUUCCCGACUCCUAUUUUGAAAUGGCAUCACCUAUGCUCGCUGCUAUAUAAUGUCUCGGAUGGCAUAGUACCAGCCUCACAGAUACGUGAAUUGACAUCUACAUGUGCUGCAAUGUGUGGAUUUCGAAGCAUUCGUGACGUGUUACAAUAUAUUGUUCCCGUUACACAAAGCUGUAUCAUGCUUAAUGAGAUGAGAAAAGAAAGUAGGGUGGUAAAAGAAGUUCCAAGCAAAUCAGCCACGGUGCCCCGUUCAGCACAUUCUCAACAUUCUCCAAAGCCACCACCAAUUCCACCGCGCGCUAAUCGCGAAGCAAGGCCACAGAAUCCCGCUUGGAAGUCCAAUCAUACAGACUGGCAUCUUUUGGAUAUAAUUCCGAAAUUACUGGAUAUGGUAAUGCUACCAAUUAAAGAUCAGAUGAUGACACGGCAAUGUGGACAAUCCCACGACCAUGGCGAGAUACAGCAGAAUGAUAAACUCGCUGACUUUUGCUGCAAAUUUAUUGUGAGAAUAAUCGCUGAAUUGGCGUUUAGCUCAAAAAAUAUUAAGGAGGACUCAGAUACAGCUGCAAUAAAGCAUCUAAUUACUCCAUCACGAUUUAUUCGGGUGAAUCCGACCCGUUCCUGGAAUACUAGUAGUGGUAGUCCAGAUGCCAUCUGUUUCAACAUUGACCGCCCGGGUAUUGUCUUAGUAGGUGCUUGUGUCUAUGGCGGCCCGGGUACCUUUGAGUAUACCCUGGAAUUGCUUCACGAUGUUCGGCUACGGACUGUGGGUGAAGAGGCGCGAUCAUCGCAUUGCUGGAUUAGUGUUGAGGUCGUGCACGGUUCAUUUUCCGCUGCGGACUGCCAACAUGAUAUGGUACAGAUUAAAUUCGAUAGACCUGUACCUCUAAAAGAAGAUCUGCGCUAUGCUUUACGAUUCUGUAAUAAUGGUGGUCGUACGGCUAACGGUGACAGCGGAUUGUCCUCUGUGAAGGGACCUGAUGGUACAACAUUCACAUUUUCAUCUUGUUCGUUGAGUUUUAACGGGACUACGCUGGUUAGGGGACAGGUUCCCUGCCUCAUUUAUUAUGGCACUACAAAACCGUCAAACUCUUCGGAGAAUCCUGAUACUUUAAUGGCUGCCCUCAGAGCAAUAACUUUGAAAGUUGCUUCAAUGGUAAUAGAAAGAGCAGCAGAACUAUUUUGCACUCUACGAAAUGAGUUAACGACAGAAGAUUUGCGCAGAAAUGCGGUUGUAUUACAACAAUCGUCUGUCAUCAAUACCUUGAUUCCAUAUGUAUUGGCUUAUCUUGAGGGAUUGGAUGAUUCAAAGAGCGUAAUCCACCUUUUGGAAAUAAUACACAAAUUGCUGCCGCAUGUUUCGGCUAUGAACUUACUGGUUCCAAGUGUGGAAGAGAUAAGCACCACCACAACAACCCAUUACUAUACAUGGAUAGAGAGUGACCAUCCAUACAAACAAGCAACAGUCUCCAAUAUGAGGGUACUGUUCCCAUCCCAAGUAUCCUGGAUAGUUCUGGAAAUGGACCCUAGGAGUAUAACAGCUCAGCCUGAAGACAACCUGACAAUCUACGCAGUAGCCGGUUCCCCUCGCCACAGAUGCCACUGCUCUAGCGAGUACAGAGUCCCGGAUCCACCAUUCCGUAAGGUAUAUCAGAGGAUUGUUCAGCUAACGUCAGACUCGGGGGAGGUAGAAGAGCUUGAUGAGGGAUGCUUAGACGCGCCCUGCAUGCAAUAUAGCUGCACCUAUGUCAGUGUUACGCCCAAACUUUCCAAUAUGUCUGCUGAUUGGCCUCACAAAGGACUCCUGAUUCCUGGAAACGAGGUCAUAUUUUCUCUAGAGACGGCUUCGGACUAUUUAAACGAAUAUAAGAACGACGAUGAGCCGGACGAGAGCCGAUUCGGUUUCCGAUGCCUCUGCGCCGGCUACGAAGACGCACCAUUUACAUCUCAACGUCAAGGCUUGGUCUCUUUAGAGAUGGAACUGGUAUAUACUGGAGCCGCGUGCGCAUCGCGUUUACUAGCACCUGACAUCGACAUAUCACCAUUGAGUUAUUUGACUGUUGUGGAACUUCAAAUGCUAGCGGGAACGGGCAACAGUCCAGGAGGCGAAGCGGAUGGGGCUGAUGAGAGCGAAGCCAUGUUUCUUUACCGUGGACUGGACUUGCCAUCGCCGCCAACUGUUCAUAAUGUACUCGAUGGUCAAGCUUUAUUGCGAUGUGUUUCGACAGAGCGUCAGUUUUUGUCGGACUUCGUGGCGGGUGCUGAGAGUACUGCUGGGGGUAGAUUGGCACGAUGGUUGGCACCGACGCCUCGUGUCGAACCUUCGAACUGUGACCUUAAAGCUCCAGUCACCGUGGUUCACCCAUCAACACGAGUUAAUUUACCCGUUGUAGUUCGAGAUCAAUACGGAGAUAUUGUGACUUCCUCUGCCGUUAAAAUAGAGGUCAUAGUACAAAACAUGGCCAUGUCCCUACGUAUGCGUCGACCCACGGAAGCAGAACAAGAGGGUGGAAUACCAAAUGUACGGUAUAGUCCAACAAUAAGGGAAACUAUGCGUUUUCAAACGAUCACUAUGAUGAAGGCAUACCAAGAUUAUUCUUGGGAAGAACUCCGAUUCGCCAGUGGUUUAUGGGGUGAGGAAAAGUUGAAAGGCAUUGGAAUACUGAACGUCCCUACGGAAAAGAUAACCGUCAGAGCUCAAACUGAUGGUUCAUAUUCAGCUCUUUGGAUUCCGCGAGCCCCAGGCAAAUACUUAUUUAGAUGCACCCUGGACGACCAACCUUCUCCACAGGAGGUAAUAAUAGAAGUCCCGGAAAAUGAGAACGUGGAUUCUGAAGAAUUAUGCCCCACGGCAAGGGCUCCCACAAAACUUAAGAAGUUCAUGGCACAAUGCAGUGCUGGUCUCCGUGUUCGUGCCAGUCCCAGUUUACAAGCUGAAGAACUUGGCAGAGUUCCAUCUGGUGCUUAUGUCACUUUAAUCGAGGAGGUGACAAACAAGGAUGGGACGUGGGUACGGUUGAACAACGACUCUGUACAAGCUUACGUAGAGGGAAAUGUAGACGUUGCCUGGUGUUUGCAGUAUCACAGGCAGCUCGACCGCGCCCUACUCGGACCUGUCGAGGAUGGACCUACCACUCCAACAGAGGAGGGUUUGAGCAGCUGGAGUCGAUUAGAUGCCCCAUCAGCAAUACCAACACGGCCUAACAAAAGUGAUGCCGCCGAUGAUGAUAUAACAACAGAAGAGAGACCUUUUCCGUUUUCUAUCGGAUGUGAUCUUGGAGAUGAGGACGAAAAAUCACAUGUCCCGGAACCAAGUAAAUUUGAGAGACGAAUGAGGAAUGAAGCAGUCGCAAGGAUGCAGCAGCAAGCUGCAAAAAUUGUACAACUGCCUGAAUUACCUAUAGACCAAUAUCGUCGCAACAACGGAAAUGGGGAUGGAGAUGACGAAGAUCUAGGACAAGCUAUACGCCCCGUAAUAAAUGAAGUAAACGUCGCAAAUAUUAUUGCUGAUGUGAACGAUGCAAACAUUAUUAAUGCUGUGGAUGCUGUAGCAGCAGUUCUUGAUGAAAGCGCUAAAGUAGUCAACGAUGCUAGCAGAGACGAUUUCGUUCAUAAACCACCAGCUAUGGAUCCAGCCGAUAACGCACAAGAAAUCGCGAUUGGAUCGGAUGAUAAUGAGGCUAACGCAUUGAAACCUUGUCCUAAAGAUGUUGAAGUCGAUGAAAACAUAGAAGCUGUUCAAACUGCAAAUGACAAGCCCGAUGCCAAGAGCCUUAAUGAUGAAAAUAAUGAUAAAAUAGAAGAAGAGAAAAAGCUAACACAAGCUGCAACACAAACUUCGCCCGAGACUAGUGUACAAGGACAAAGUUCCGAUCAACCUACACCCAGUACAUCAAAGGGUGAAAAAAGAGUUGUCGUAAGAGAACGUGUUGGAAGUAUAUCUAGCUUUAAGCAGUCUUCACCACCGCCUUUACCGGCUCGAACUAAGCUAGCACCCAUCAAGAAGCAAGCACAGAGCCCAGCCCAGGGUGAAUGUCUACGAGCCAUAUUUGCCGCGUUAUUGUGGCAUGAAGGGACCGUCCAUGAUGCAAUAGCGUGUGCAGCCUUUCUUAAAUUCCAUCCACAAUUACCAAAGGCUGGUGCGACGGUAGUGACACGGGCUGUCGCACAAGAUUCCCUUUUGCCCAAACAUCAGCGCCAUUCUGUUGAAGUUUCCAAUGCAGGCCAGUACCUUCGAAUAAACCCAUCCACGCUAGAAACGUUGACCCGUUCAGGUACCGAGGCAACUGCAAGUCGAGCUCGGCGAAGCGACAUUAACAUAACAAUACGCGAAGAAGAUUCCCAUUCUACCAUAUGUGAAGCUGGCCCGUCUACUGCGUCAACCUCAACAUCAGUAGUAAACGUGCUUCCUCCGGCACUGCGCGCUCUUGUUGCUUUGUGGGAUUCACUUUGCGACGCCGACCAACUAAAUGCCGCUACGGACAAGCUUAAAAAGGAAGAAACGAAUGAUAACGAUGAAAUAGGACCACUUGGGGGUGCUUUACGUAAGAAAAAUUGGAAGCAAGCACCAUCAAUGAAGUUACCUUCUAUGAUCCGCUGUGAACUAUGUGGUGGAGCGAAUGUUUCGCCACCCUUGGCCUCGCACAUGCGUAACACACAUCCCGGGUGCCGAGCACCAACCAACCGCGGCUACGACCGAGCUGGUACUUAUAAACACGCUGAUCCUAUACCAUCCACUGCUGACAGCCCAGCGUCUGCCUGUGGACAACUUGCUCAAGACCUUAUCGGUGUGAAAAUACGCGCUACCUUAGCAGCGUACCAGCUCUGGUACUUGUACUGCGAGAAAUGUCGAGAAAAGGCGCUCAAAGCUUCGAGUGUUAAGCCGAAGAAGACCGUAAUGAUUUCGGACACGCCUUUGAGACCCGAGCCCGAGAUUGACCACAACAUUAUGAAAGAUAACGCAAUCUUUCUCCUGGAUUUGACUCCUCUCAAUACAUCCGAAGCUCCUAAUGCAUCACCUUGGCAAGACGUCUCUUGCCGAAGUCCGCCAACUCCUCCGGGAAGCUUAUGGCAACCAGCGCCCCCCUUUCAAUGUCUCCCAGCCUUAGGCGUUGCCCCGAAAACAAGUGCCGCUGACGCAGCAAGAUACCACUCACUUGGGAGACCUAUGCCCGUAACGAAUGUGAAUAACCCAUUCGUUCCAAACGAAAUGACAAGCUCUCAGUAUCCAAGGGUACAUCGAUCUGUUUCGAUGGGACAGGCUGGUGGAAGGGAUUUGGCUUCUGCCGCAAGACCGCCACUUACUAAAUUUGAGCCAGAUUCUCAUGAGGCACUUUCUGGUGCUGGUUCCUCACUCCUCUCUCAGCCAAGUGCAGCCCUUCAGAAACUUGUUGGUUGCGAUUGGACUUCAGAAGGUGGAGGAGUUUCCGCUUUCACAACUCCGCGAGUCGAGUCUGACAUCUUGAUGAGAAACCCUGUCCUUACAUUUAUCGUCGCUAAACGAGAUCUGCAGACCCAUAAGCAGAAACUUGACGCCAUUGUUCGUAUAAACACGGUUCGACAAUAUGCGUUUGAGGCCCUAAACUGGUUCCUGCGUUCGACAACUCAACCGACAUGUGUCCACGAUGUCAUGUGGUGGUUCUGCAACGCACUCGACACGUACGCUCGAAUAGUUCAACCACCUGAUGCUGAUGAGGAAAACAAAGAGAACGUCUUAAACAACGAUGCGAGCCGUGGUAUAAUCCCAAGUGCUGCGACAUCUGCUCUAUGCCCUGGAGGUAGAGCGGCACGUGGUGCUCGUGCGGCCUUCCACGCCUUCCUGGGUUCCAUCAGCGCCCUUGCCCCAUCCUUACCACCAGCCACUGCUGCCAACCUUCAAGCAGUUCGCUGCUGGGAACUGCACUAUUCACAGCACGAUCGGGCUUUCUUGCACAGAUCGCAAGUGUUUAGUGUUAUAAGCAAGAUAUUGUCGCAUACUGAGGACGGGGUCUAUGAAGAUGGCAUUUUGGGAGCACUACAUGAAAGCUAUCAGAGCUUUAUUAAUAAGCAACAAAAUUAUUUAUGGAGCUGUCCAGAAGUCACCGGUUGGUGUACUAUAACGGUCUCUUCGCGAGAAGGCAUGGCUGGUGCCUUAACAGAUAAUACCACUGAGACAUUUUGGGAAUCGGGUGAUGAAGACAAGAACAGAACCAGGUGGAUUCAAAUUGCAUACAACGGAGGAUCAGCUGAAGAUCGGCCACAUAUUGUCUGCGUACACAUUGAUAAUACGAGAGAUACUGCGACAAAGACGCAAUUGAUAACUUUUUGGUAUAGCGGUGGACCAUCAGAGUUACUGCAAAUGAUGGAUGUUGAUGUUGAUACGAAAAAUGCUCAUUGGGUGUGCUACAUAUUGCCUAAAUCCUCAAGCAUAUCUGUACGUGUACGUUGUGAAUUACGUGGGCCUGACCCGGCUGUACGUGUACGCCAAGUGCGCGUACUUAGCGGUCCACAACCCCACGGUACGCUCUCACUACAAAACCAUCCGUUACACUCAUUGACUGAAAAAGAUACGCUCCGUGUCUUCAGAUUAUUGACGUCACAAGUAUUUGGUAAGCUCCUGGAGUGGGAACAAACUGGUGAUUCUGAAGGUGUGGUUGCUGGUGAGAGCACUGGUGACGACAGCGAUCUACGCGAACAUGUUGUUGGGAUAUUGUUCGCCGGGCACAAGCUUACCACCUUACAAAAACAAGUGAUGUCUCAUAUUGUUUGUGCUAUUGGCUGUGAGGCGUCCCGAGUUCGUGAUGAUUGGGAGACGGCCCUUUUAUGCGCUGAAGCAGUUGACAGGUCUGAUGAAGAUGCGCAACCGAGAUUGGCACAUCAGCAGGACAACUAUUGCUUUGAAAUGCUGUCAUUGCUUUUGGCGCUAAGUGGAAGUGUGGCCGGGCGUUCUCAUCUUGCCCAAAGAACUGAACUCUUGGCUGAUUUAUUAGCAUUGCUUCAUACUGGCAGCGACCGCGUGCAACGACAGGUCAUAUCUUUAUUACGACGAAUGAUUACUGAAAUACCGCCGCAGAAGAUGUUAGCUGCCCUCAACUACGGGUCAGACUUAGGCGCAAGAUAUGAGACUAUGGUAACACUACUAGAUCACUUAGUGUGCUAUGUGGGCAAAGCGGUAACUGUCCAAGUCAAAGUCAAAGGUGCGAGUGGUGCCAAUUCAAACACAGUAACAAUGGGAGGAUCUGUUACGCCUGCACCACCAGCUACUUGGUUUAUGAGGGGCGAAACUACGAGGAACCACGCCCAAAUUGUUGCCAGACUACUCGUCGAUAUGGCUGAAGAUAAAAUAUCUCCAGCAUGGGGAACAGCGACUCGUAUGGCAUUAGCCGAGUACAUACGGGCAAUCGCAAAUGUGGACGAAGGGGAAAGACGACCUCAAACAUGCAUUGCCCAACCCACAGUUUGGCUUGCUUUAGCGGCUUUAUGCGUUUGUGAACAAGAACAUAUUGAACUAAUUAACAACUCAGGUCGUGAUUCUCGUAACCGGGACUCUAUAGCAGACUCUCGCCAGUUCUGCGCCAACCACGACGACGGAAUAACAUGUGCUGUUAUAGAAUGUCGCACUUGUGGUACACUAUGUGCCGAAUGUGAUCGCUUUCUUCAUCUCAAUAGAACCGCGAGGACUCAUCAAAGACAGAUUUGCAAAGAAGAAGAGAGUGCCAUUCGUGUUGACAUUCAUGAAGGCUGUGGCAGAGCUAAACUCUUCUGGCUAUUGUUGCUUGUGGAUCGACGUACUCUCAAAGGACUGGCAGAAUUUCGUGGAAUGAGCUGUGAGACAGGCGAAGAACCACCAGAUGCAACUGGCCUUGCCGGUGUCUGCCGCUUUUGCGGUACACGUGGCAACUCUGGCCUGCUUGCUAUUGGCAAUGUAUGCGCAGACCAACAGUGCCAGGAACAUGGCCGUGAAGCGUGCGCCCGUAUACUUACUUGCGGUCACCUUUGCGGUGGCGUGCGCGGGGAACGUUCAUGCCUGCCUUGUCUCUUUGGAUGCGCCGGCGCAGGCUCGUUGCGCCAGGACGCUGAUGAUAUGUGCAUGAUCUGUUUUACUGAUCCCCUACAAGCUGCUCCCGCAAUACAGUUGACAUGCGGGCAUGUUUUCCACUUACAUUGCUGCAGGAAGGUUCUCUUGAACAAAUGGAAUGGGCCGCGUAUUACAUUCUCUUUCUCGAAAUGUCCCAUCUGCAAGGAAGACAUCUCACAUUGGACCCUCGAAGAGCAACUAGCUCCCAUCAAAAAGUUGCGUGAAGAAGUACGUCGCAAAGCCUUAAUGAGAUUGGAGUAUGAAGGCCUGUCUGCUGGAACCUCGAAGGGCAAAAACGUCGGAGACACUGCUGGCUAUGCUAUGGAUAGAUACGCGUACUAUGUCUGCCAUAAGUGUGGAAAGGCUUACUUCGGCGGGUUGGCACGUUGUGAAGCUGAGUCGAAUGCGUCAUGGGACCCCAAAGAGCUGGUGUGUGGCGCCUGCAGUGACGUAGCUGGAGCAAGGACUUGCCCCAAACACGGCUCUGACUUCCUCGAAUACAAGUGCCGGUACUGCUGCUCGGUGGCAGUGUUCUUCUGCUUUGGCACAUCUCAUUUUUGUAACGCGUGCCACGAUGACUUUCAACGCGUUACCAACAUACCUCGCCAUAUGCUGCCCCAAUGUCCAGCAGGUCCAAAAUGCGAGCAACUACCAGGAACGACAGAGGAAUGCCCUCUACACGUUUUGCACCCUCCCACGGGAGAGGAAUUUGCCCUCGGCUGUGGAGUGUGUCGCAAUGCACAUGCCUUCUAAACUACGUUGUCAACACAUCACAAAUGCACUUUGGUUGAUAGUGAAUAUAUGGUUACAACUAAUUCUGAAACAUUGAAAUGGAACGAGGAUCAUUUUUCGUAAGGGCGUUUGUGCGCUCAAAAUCAAUACGAUUUUUUUUAUUGGUUUAAUGACAACCCAAAUUAAUGACGACGAAAUUUUUUGUUGAUUGUAAAACUCUGUAUUAUGCUAUGAAUUUCAUGUUAUUUUUAAGAAUAUUUAAGCUAUUGACUAAUUUCAUUCUACUAUUGACUGGUAAUCCAUCCAUUUUUUUUGAAACGUCUAUCUGUAAUAUCAAUUUAUAGUUCUGUCAUAUACUAAUUUUGAUAUGUGUAGUAGUAAAAUGCAUAUAAUUUGUUUUAAAGGUUCUAGGAAACUACACUUUACGAUUAAAACAUUUUGUCCAAUUAUACUAAUAUAAUUUACCUUACUGUAAUACAGUAAGACCCGUUUAUGACGAUAAGGCAAAGCGUUCUAAGCCGGAAUCGUGUUUUGUUUUAGGGGCUGACCGUAUUAUGUGGGAAAUUGUAUUAAAUGGGUUUUAUUGUAUUCAUAUAACCUAAGUAUACAAUUAAGGAAAUGAUAGGGUAUAAAACUUAUAUGACAUUAUUAAACUAUAUUAAUUAUGACAAAAACCAAUUCCGACACUACCACUAAAGCAAGAUUGUUCCAGUAUUACUUUAAAGACUCGUGAAUUGCAGUGAAUUUAAUAUGUCAGUCUUGCUUUGACUGUAACCCCAUGAUUGUAUAAGAAUCGUUUGGGCGAUUUAAUCGAAACAUUUAUUUAUUUAUUUCGUAAAUUAAAAAUUACCCCCUUAAGAAUACCAGCAGAAUUGAUUUUGAAUUUUCAUUCGUCAGUCAAAUUUUAAACAAAUUAUAAAAUUUCGGAUAUUUAAAAAAAAAUAUUUAUAAAAUAAUAUUUUUAUAAAAAAAUCCUGGCGCUCUUUUAUUUUUAGAUAGAAUUAAGAAAGUAUAGACAUAUGAGCUUAACUUACGAUGCUUAUUGAUCGAAAUCUUACGAAAAAAGGUUUAAAUUAUUUAUUUUAGAAAAUUGUUGCUUCGGCAAAACACGACUUAAGUUUAUAGAGCGCACUUGGACAUUGACUUUUAAAUUGGCGAUUAUUCAAUAUGUUACUUUCCUAUAGAAAGGUAAUUCUUGUAUUUACUUGUAUUAUUUCUUAUAUAUUUAUUAUGAAACGCGUUCGGCAUACAAUUAGAUAUUAAUUUUAUGACAUCUAUUAAACAUUGCUGAAGAGUCUGGUAAUAUUGGUAACGUUUUCCCAACAAUUAUUAAAAAAAAUUGUGUAUGUUAUAUACAUAAGUAUGCAUAACAAUGUCUAACUUUUGGAAACCCUUUUAAGUAAAAAUACCUGUGUCAAGGUUCCUAGCAGCAUAACAAACUCAAUAUGUAUUUAAUUAUUUAUUUUAUAACUUAUUAUCUAGACUAAACAGAGCAUUGGUUUUAAACAAAUAUUGGAACUUACUAAAGUUCUUAAAAAACAUAUUAAUUUAUUCUUGUUUUUAAAAUGGUUUUAAUCUAUAUGUUCAUAAAUUAUAACCACAAUUAUAGGAAAGUCAAAUAGGUCCAGUGCGCUCGAUAGCUUAGCGAUAUCGAACGUGGGCCUAUUCUGUUUGUCUUUUAAAAAAUAGGAAAAAAAUGGGAAAUUUCAUAACACCACCUAAAGGUGAAGUGCACUAAAUACUGGAGAUGUAAUUGAAGGAAAGAAAUACUCUCAAAUUCUUUAAUUAUAAGUUAAAUUUUAAUAUUAAAUUCCAAUGGUUUCCAUUUAUCUAAACAUCUUUUUAGAUUCUGAUGAAAGAUCAGAUUGUAGUUGAUCAGUAGUUCAUUGGGUCGACUCGCGCUUCUAGCAAGUUUUUUAUUUUCGAAAAGCAGUUAUGUUAAUAUCCAAAGUUAAAUUUACGUGCGGCACUUCAUCGCGUUAAAUUUUUUCAGCCUGUACAAUGAUUUAGCUUACCCCGUUUUCUAUAAUAGACGAGUCGAAACUUUUUCUUUAGACAGCUGGUAUAUCUCCUAUUCAUAAUUAUUUAAGAUUUCAACUUUGAACUCGGGUAUUAUUAUGAAGGUUCAUGUCAUGCGGAUGUUCCUGAUUGCUUUAAUCUAUGAUAUUUUUGUUACUUUAUUAUAUUUUUUGCAUUAGCUCUUGCAUAUCCGUUGCUUAUUAUUGUACUUAUAGUCAUUAUGUGUAGAUGUAAUAGGUGUAUAAAUGUCUAAUAUUGAUAUAUCUUUCGUCUGUAAUAAAUACAGAUUUAAUUGUUAGUUUUGGUAGAAUUUAACUGUAUAUUCAAAUUGCCGCUACACGAUAUUUCUGACUGGUAUUUUGACCAUAAUGUCCAUUGAUAAGAUUAAUUUUAUUACAAAUCGAAGCAUGGAACAGCAUAGAAUUUAUUAAUAUGGAUGAAAGAUAAUGUCCCUCUAUCGUUCUGCAACAAAGUUAUUUCAACUAAUCUGCGCGUUUGCCACUUUGCAAUGGAGAAAAUUAUAUUUAUUUAUUUCACACUUAAAUCAUGACAUAUAAAAAAAUCUUAUUACAUGGCGUGUCGUCACUGACACGCUUUGGUAUUUUAAUGUUGUGUCAUAAGCACGAAACUUUUUAGAAUUAUCUACGUACAUACAGAUGUUCAGUUUUACAGAAAAAUAUUCAUAAUUAUAUAAUUUUAAAAUAGGGAUGUAUUUAUAUUUAUUUUAUAAUUGAUUAUUAUAACAGAUUUUACGUAGUAAUGCGCAAGCGGCUGAUUUUGGGCUAAAACCAAUUUAUAUAUAAAAUAACCAAAAUUUAUUUCGUACUGACCUAAAAAACUUUGUCACGGCAAGAAGGCCUGUUGGUGUACAAAACAAACCACCAAAAAUAUUAUUUUAACUCAGGAUAUAGACAAAAAGAGGCGACUAAUAGAUCACAAACCUUACCAUCCUUAUUAAUUAUCUAUUCUGUAACAAAACACGAUCGCAUACGUAGUCCAGAAAUCCAGUCACUUGCAUAAUAUAUUUAAACCACAUUGUAAAAAACUAGAUACAAGCGACUUACACACAGUACAUCGUUUUCAUGCAGAUAAAUUCCAACACUGGAUUUGAAUAAUACCAGUUAUUGAUAUUUCAAGUCAUUUAAUUUAACUUCUGUUUCCGUGUCAAUAUUGAUAAAAUUGUAAUUAUUAUUUAUUAAAUAAGAAUGGCUUUGGCACUAAGAAAAACUACUUUUAGUUAAAAAGGAACCAAUUAUUGAUAUAUUAGUUUAGCCAUUUUAAGGUUUAUUAUAUUAUUAAUUUGUUAUAAAGAUUGGUUGUAUGUAGCGCGAUUUGAAUUUUCAAUUCCAUGUUCGAUAUAUGUCAUAUCAAUGUUGUGAAUCGAUUGCAAAACUUUCAUAUAUACGUAGUAGUGUUUCAUGUUGUUGAUCCUAAAUGUCUAAAUAAUAACCAAAGACUUUCUCUGAAAGCAAGUAUAUGCGUAUUUUAGCUUAACUUUUAGUUAUAUUUAUUAUACGACGAGUUGGUUAAAACGAGUUUAUAGUAGUAUGGAAACACAAAGAAUUCGUAGUUUUUCUGUCCACCUGGACGUCGAAAUUUUAUCUUGCAAUAUAAACUUCCUACAAAAUGUCACUACUUUGAAAUUAAAAGAAAAUUAAACGAUAAAAAACCGCAAGUAAACUCCAUUCAAAAUUAUAUACAAUGUCUUCUUGGAAUGCACUAAACUUCCUGUUUGUGACUUCAUAUUUAAUAAAUGUAACACUUGCUAGAUUAAGAGUUUUUAAAUAAAAAUAAAGAAAUUAA